UUUCGUUUACACUUGAAUUUGAGUCGUCGUUGACAGCGGCUGUAGCGGCAGUUCCAUUUUUCGGUGCGCAAAGUAGGCAAGUGUCGAUGUGUGGCUCGGUCCCGGUUCAUCGUUUUGCUCCUGAACGGAUUUUGUUUUCCAAGUUCGUCUCCUUCGCGAAUCGACCCGUGGCUGCGUAACCGCGGAAUUGAAAACGGCAGUGGAUAGUUAGUGGUCAGUGGCAAUUCGAAGCAAUUGAAAACGUCGCCAGAUCAGUCGAUUUAAGUGUUUCAAGUGAAGGCGGGUCGGUUAUCAAGUUUUCCCGUUCGCAGAAGUUUGAGUUGUGCAAAAGUCACAAGUGCAAGUGGAUACUGUCCAGACUCACUGGGGUAGAGCCUGCCACGCUCCUCGAACACCAUCCCUUUUCCAGCCAGUGGAUAGGCAACGUGAUGCAUCGAUGACGACAGAACCGUCGUCAGAGACAAGCACAACAACUUCUCCAGAUAUCAUCGUAACAUGAAGUUCCUGAAUCACUCAUAAAAACUACAAUGGAAUUGAUUAAAUGAUAAAGCCCGCAAUCAACCUGCAAUAAAUCCUCAGAGCAAUUCAAUUCAAAUCAUCUUCCCUCCAAAUUUAUAUUUUCCAAGCGUCAAUUUGAUUUAGCACCGCUGCAACAAAACACAGAACAUCAAUGUGCCUUAGCUGAAAUUCAAACCACAAGCCAAGAUCCACAUUUUUACUUGGAUAAUGUUCCGAUCAACGAUGGAUUCCAACGCCACCGACAACAAAGUGAUCCGCGCGCCAUCAUUGAAGCGAGGCAAAAAUGACGAGCGCUUAUGUGAUCGGAUAAAGUUGAAAAAGGUGUUGGGAUUGACUGUCUGCAGUAAUGCAGCUUUGGAUGUAUCACCAACAAAUGGAGUGCUGGCAUAUCCUGCAGGAUGCACCGUUGUCCUGUUCAAUGCGAAGAAGCUUACUCAGUCGUAUUUGGUGAACACAUCUCGGAAAGCAAUCACAGCUGUUGCAUACUCGCAGUGCGGAAGAUAUGUAGCUACAGGUGAAUGUGGCAUCAGUCCAGCAAUCAAAGUGUGGGAAUUGGAUGGACAAAGCAGCAAUGGCGAAGGCGGAACAGGUGGCACUGUGGUGGCUGAAUUUUUAGGUCAUAAGUACGCUGUUAGCUGCAUUGCCUUCUCUCCAACCGGAAAAUAUUUGGUAUCAGUCGGAUCUCAACAUGAUAUGAUAGUGAAUGUUUUUGACUGGAAAGUGAAUCUAAAGAUCGCUUCCAACAAAGUUAGUGCAAAGGUAGCGGCAGUUAGUUUUAGCGCAGAUGGCAACUAUUUUGUUACAGUUGGAAAUAGGCAUGUGAAGUAUUGGUACCUGGAAGGAAGUCGGAAGUACAAAGAACCCAUUCCAUUGAUGGGAAGGAGUGCCAUUCUAGGAGAGUUGCGGGACAACGAUUUUUGCGCUGUUGCAUGCGGUAAAGGUGAUUGUUCGGACAGCACAUAUGCUAUAACCCGUGUCGGGCACUUGGUGGAAUUCAAUUCACGAAGAUUACUGGACAAAUGGGUUGCAUGUCGGACAACAUCAGCUAAUUGCAUUUGUGCUAAUGCACAUUAUAUUCUUGUGGGCUGUGCCGAAGCAAUUAUACGAAUAUUUAAUGCCGCCACCUUGGAAUAUGUUACAACUUUGCCCAGGACACAUUAUUUGGGCGUGGAAGUAUCGAGUGGUGUUCAUAUCAAUCAUAUAAUGACUGCGCCACAAAGUGCAAGGUAUCCCGAUACGAUAGCUAUGGUGUUUGAUGAAGUUAGAUCGAAAGUGGCCUGUGUUUACAAUGACCAUAGUCUGUACAUUUGGGAUUUACGAGAUGUACGGAGAGUGGGGAAAAGUCACUCAUUUCUGUAUCAUUCAGCAUGCAUUUGGGGCGUGGAAACAGUGCCAUUAGACCUAGAGAACAAUACAAAUCCUGCUCUGCCAGAAAGCUGCUUCCUCACUUGUUCCUCCGACGAUACGAUAAGAGUUUGGGGUCUCGAUGACUGUCCAAAUACUGAUGUUUAUAGGAAAAAUAUUUAUAGCAAAGAACUUUUGAAAGUUGUGUAUAUCGACAACGAACUGAAUUUUAUCAAGGACACCGACAAUCCCAUUCUGAGUACGGAAAAGACGUCAAGUUAUGAUGGCAGAAACGGUGUCAGAUGUAUUAAAAUCAAUUCAGAAAAGAAUCACCUUGCGACGGGUGAUAGGAGUGGAAAUAUAAGAAUCUAUAAUUUAGUAACCCUCAAGCAAAUUACCAUGAUUGAAGCUCACGAUUCCGAAGUAUUAUGUCUCGAAUAUACCCACGAGAAAAUUGAAAAAAAAUUAUUAGCUAGUGCAAGUCGGGAUCGAUUGAUACAUGUUUUCGAUGUGAAUCAAGGCUAUAAUAUCCUCCAAACUCUCGACGAUCAUUCGAGUAGCAUUACGUCCGUAAAAUUUAUUGGAACUGGCAAUAAUUUCCAAAUGAUAUCCUGUGGAGCUGAUAAGUCAAUUAUGUUUCGAGCUUUCCAAAACAAUCAGUUUUUAAGAGGCACAAACUGCUCAGGGAAAACCACAUUGUACGACAUGGAAGUCGACAGUAAUGGAAAACAUAUCCUCACAGCAUGUCAAGACCGUAAUAUAAGAGUCUACGGAACACAUAAUGCGAAGCAUACAAAAACAUUCAAAGGUUCACAUUCAGAUGAUGGAAGUUUGAUUAAGCUUAGUUUAGAUCCUAGCGGUAUUUACAUCGCUACUUCCUGUACAGACAAAACACUGUCGGUUUAUGACUACUAUUCGAAUGAAUGCAUGGCUAGAAUGUAUGGACAUAGCGAGUUAGUGACUGGCCUACGAUUUACAAAUGACUGCAAAUAUCUUAUCUCAGCGAGCGGAGAUGGAUGUGUUUUUAUUUGGCAAAUUCCACAUGAUAUGAUUGUCACGAUGCAGGCUCGGCUAUCACAGCAGCGACUAAGAUCGGGUCAUAUGCCUAUUCCGCGACCAGUAUCGAAUUCCGUCACCGAUAUUAUAAUUGACUCUCCCACACGAGAUCAUGAGCAAUUCAGUUCAUCUCCAUCUCACUUAUUCAUAGAAGAUGCCCCUUUGACGCCUGGAUAUCGAUUCUCUGACGUUGGUCAACUUCCUCAGUGGGCAAAGAGAAAAGGCCAAGAUGAACCCCAAGCGAAUUCAUCAAUAGCAUUAAGUUCUAGUCCUAGUCAAAGUCAAAUGGUAAAGCCUAGGGGUAGAUGGGCUCAACGUGGGCAGGAUCCUGAUCCGUUGGACCUACGAGGGACUGCAGACAGUUCCUUGAGUAGUACAUACACAAAUGCCAUGCAGACAUCGGACUAUAAUAGCGGAAGCUCAAAGGAUAUUUAUAACCAAGCAAAUUUAAGUGAGGAUAGUUCAAUAGAUAGCGGAAUGGAAAAUAGAAAGGAUAAGCCGUUUAGGACAAAAAUUGUUGGAGAGCAAAAGAAAGGCACUAGUUUACGUUUUGAAAGUAAUAAUGACCAUGACGGUGAUGUAGAAGACAUAUCAGAUGGCGAAAGAACCAGUUCGGAUCAUGGAAUGAUGUUCUAUCAGAACGCAGGGCCCAGCACACCAACUGAUUUCAAAGUGAAUGCAAUGAAUGAAGACGAAUUAAGAAAAUCCGUAAGAAGACAGAAAUUCGAAAAAUUAGGCCUUGCACUAAAGGCAUCGGAGCAAAGUGCUCCAUCGACUGGAACGGGGACUGGAACUUCAGACACAGAAGAUGAAGGUUCAACGCCUAGCGGUGAAAACGCUGACCGAUCGUUAGCCUCAACAUUGGGCGGUAGCUCUGAAAGCAUACCUCAACAAGCUUCUUCCAGUUUUCUUCAAGCAGCCCUGGAUGGUCCCGGAAGUCUAUCAGAUCGAAGCGAUAAAAAACGUCGCAGCAUAAGUGCAAAACAUAACACUGAAAGCAAAUCUUCAACUUCUUAUUCGAAAUUCUACACAAACAGCAAAAAGGAGGAAUUACUGAAAGUUAUAAAUGAAGCCAAAGCCAAAUUGGAAAAUGGUCAGAGAAAUCGUAGUAGAAUAGUGAAUAUUCAUGAGGUCGGCUACCGGUCGAAUCUGCGAGGCAGCCAAAGUAUCUCAGAUCUUACGCAUGCUUCCAACACAACAGAGACAACAUUGCGAGUUAGCCGUAUUAAUCGAACAGGAGAACAUUAUAACAACGCAAGUAGUACUAAACCUCUAAUUCCUUACAAUUACUUUCACUGUGCUGCACCGAGAUCAGUUUUGUCGCAAAAUUACAAUACAAUUAGUACAUUACGGUCCAUUUAUCCACCAUAUCCUACCGACAUUGGAGUAUACAACAACAGCAACAAUUCCUCAGAUCAAGCUGACUAUGAUGUACCUGCAGAGCAACCAACGAAAACAAGGCCUAGUAACUUGGACUUGAAUAGUUUGAAACCGGAAAGUGCAGACUCUUCACUCAAGUCUAGGAAGCAUCCAAGUAUUCUUAAGAAUUAUAAAUCCUGCCCUGUGUCGCCUGUUCAUGAAGAAAUGGACUGGAGCAAUUUACCUCAAAACACAGGCAGUAUUGUGUUCAACGAGCCAAAAAGGCAUUCCAUGUACAGUGAUGAUGCUAAAACUAUUUUGGAUAUGAUUCAUUCAGAUACAGAGAAAAUGAUUGCUGAAAUAACACAAAAGUACGGGGAUUUGGAGAAAUUUGAUCCCAUCUCGGAUCUUCCUGAUCCUCCUACAAUGACACUGAGUACUGAAAACGUGAACAGGUUACAAGACAAGCCACUGGAAAAAGAACAUGGUUUUCUUUCUGACGAAGAUGGAAAUUUCAGUUCCGAUUCUUUGGAAGAUUGCAGCCUCGAUUUAGACGUGCAGAAGCCCAAAUCGAAAAUGUUUAAAAAACAUAAAACUGUUUGCAAAAAACAUCAGCAACGAUCGGAAAAAUCAAAUUCACUACCAAAACGUUCUGUGUCUGACUAUUUCAUAUAUGAAGAGUUUUAUCAGCCACAAUACCGGAAUGUGUCGUUGUCAGACAUCCUGAAAGAAGACGAUAAUAAGGAGAAUAUGUUCUUAGAAACACAGCGGCACUCGAGCGCCAGCUUCUUCCUUGUACAAUACCCUGACCAAAAGAGCCAGGAGAGCAUUCUAACUGACAAUUUGAGUGGAAUUAGUUGCUAUAAUAGCAUGGAGAGCAUUCUUUCGGAUGAGUCAGAUUGCAAAAGUGCGCCACUGGAAAUGUUGUUCAAUAAAAGGAAGAAAGACAUGCGCCUGAAUCAGGAGACUGCUUACUUUGAUAAAGUCGAUACUUCUUCGAAAUCGUAUGGGUCCAGUCCGAACGCUAGCAGUGGAUUUGAUUACUACAUGCAACAACGCUACGCCGAUAAUAGUACUCAUUACGAUAUAUCCAAUUAUGAUUUAGAAGGUUUUUAUGAAAGUGGAAAAUAUUUCAAUACAGGGAAAACUUCAUUGACCACUUCACAAACGUAUCCGCGCUUUGAGACUUUACAGGUGAAUGAUGACAUCCCUACUCUUAGCUAUAAAAAUGCAGAAUAUAGUUCCAGUGUAAGUAAAAGUCUCAGUAAAGAAUUCGCUCAUCAACGUUCAAAAAAUAAUUCUAAUCCAAUAUACAUUGAAAAGGAUGAAAUUUGUCGUCAGUACAUUGACAUUAACAACCCAACAAUCGGGAGACCGUUUCAAAAUGAUUCGAUCUAUGUGAUGAAAAAGUCAUGCAGUUUUGAAAUUGAGAUGAAUGAGAACCGAAGAUGUUCACGAUCAACUACAAAACGUUUUGAGCGUAACUUGGAGAAGUUUGAAAGUGAUCAUGGACCUUCUAAAGUUUCGGCGGGUGGUCCCACUGGUCCUAUUGAAAUGAACUAUUGUCCGCACAAGCCUCCAGUUGCUGCACGUCGAUCAUCCAGUAUGCGAUCAAGAAGUCGAUCGCGUACUAAAGAGCGCUACAACACUGUUGGCCAAAUUGACUUCCAACCAGAAAAAAGGCCUACGAAUGAAGUCCGAGAUUUCGUGAACAAGGAGUUGCAUAGUUCAAAAAAGGAACGAAACGAUGAAAAGAGCUUUGAAAUAUUCAUCUCUGAGCGAGGGAAUAGCGAGGAUGAUAAUAUGGACAGCUUGGAGUUAUACAAAAAGCCAAAUUUACACAAAGAGAAUUCUUUAGAUUCACUAGACGAACCUACACAAAAAAGUUUGAAAAACUCUCAAAACGAGAAGACUUGUGUGCCAAGCAACUUAAGUACGAAACUUGAUGAUACCGAAUAUUCUAAAUUUCAAGAUAUCGAGAAAAAGAUUCAAAUUAUCAAUAAACUUGUCGAAAUGGAAGAGUCUCGCCUGGAAAAGGAACGCAUCCAAAAAGAAAAUCGCUUGAAGCCAUUUGAGUGUAAUUCAAAAGAAGGCGGCUACGUCCGAAGUCUGACGAGAAACUUUGAUCGGCUUGCUAGAAACAUCGAAGAGGAAAUUGAACUUGAACGAAAUCGCCAAAUGGCUGCAACCCGCCUGAAACGCAAUUAUAGCCUUCCAGAUGUUUUAGAGGGUGCCAAAUUUGAACUUUUUGAAUUCACUAUUGAACCAUCGAAUAAUGUUGAUGAUGCUGAAAGUGAGAAAAUUUUAGCGGAUUUUCUAGAGAAGGAUAAAGGUGCCACAAAACCAACUGCUACUACUCGAACAAAUGUCCCUGUACGGACUCCAUCGAAACGGCAAACAAGUGUGGGGCCGAAAAGUAGUAGCAAUCUGGGGUCGAGGAGUAAUUCAGUAGGCGUUCUAAAUCAGAGCGAUUCAGAAACAGAUACCUUAACAUCGCGCGGUGGUAUUAUGAGGCCUACACUGUCUUCACAAAACAGAGCAAAUAGUACAGGCGUUUCGAGACAAUACCCGAGUAAAAGCAACGCGACAACGCCUAGUCGCCGGAAAGGCUUACAAAACUCAUAUAGUAGUGUCAAUUUGUCUACACCAGCCCAAGAUGAUUCGAGUUCAGAAGAAGCUCAAUCGGGUCCUCCAAGCAGUUCAAAACCUGCCGUUCCACCCCGACCGCGCAGUAUGAUGAUUGAUCAUAAGAAAUCCAGUAUUUCUACGGGAAAACUGAGAGGAAACACUGAUAGUUUCGGAGGUGGUGAUUUAUCAAUGAGUCCAGAUUCAACUUCACAACUGUGUUCAAACAUAAUUAGCAUGCUGAACACCACAACAAAUGCCGUGUUGCAGCUUCAUUCGAGGCUGAAACAUAGUGAUGAAACAUCUGGAUCUAGAAAUAAUAAUCUAAUGUUAAAGGAAUUGGAAAAUGCUGUGAUUAUGACCCAAAAUAUGCUAACAAAAAUUACAAACAAAUCCGACAACAACAAUAUGCAUGUAUCUUUUGCACCAAACGAACAACAUAACAGUUUAGAGAACGGUGACUAUCUACUGAUGAUGAAUAAAUGCGCCGAUCUCCUCAACAAAGUACGGAAUAAGCACAAAUCCAAUGACUGUGAAAAUGAGACUUGAAUGCCAAAAUCGAAUUGAAAACUAAUCAGAGGUAGCAUAUCCCUCGACAUCGAGGACACAAAAAAGAGGUUAUGCUAAAAUAAUCUGUUCACUUUGAUAUCAUGUCAAUUGGAAAUUAUGGUUUUUCGAAUUGUCGCCAAAAUGGAAUAUGUGAGGAUUUUUCAACAUUACAAUGGAUAUAGCAGAGCGAAAAUGGAAAAUAGUGAAGUUCACUGCAACAGUAGAAGCGUAGAAAAAUAGAAAAAAAAAGCAAAAAGAGUGACAGAUUUCUUCCUGCGAGGUUCAGUUUUAUUAAUUCUAGUUUUUAAGUAGUCAAAACGCCAUAAAGCUAGAUAUAUUGAUGAUCAUAUUAUGAUGAUUGUAAUAUCGAUGAUGACUAAUUACAUGUCGUUCACUCCACUUUUUUGACUAACUCUAAGACGUAGUAUUUUAUAUUGUAUGUUUAUAGAUGAAUAGAUUUGAUUUCGCGGUUUCCGAUAUUAUAUUGUAUACACAUAUGUGCAGAUGUUUGUAAAGUAAUUGAAAGUUUCCUCGGAGCUCGGAGACCGGAGAGUGUAGAAGAUCAAUUUUGGAUUAAAAAAUAGAUUGUAAUCAUUGUAAGAAUGGGCAAAAUGUGAAAAAGAGAACUAACUAAGAAUUAAGUCAAAUAACUAAUUAUAACUAAUUAAAUACUAAGUAUAAUAAUUGAUUAAGGUGUCGUUUUAUCUUGUACACAAUAUCCUAUCUUUAAUUUUCAGUUUUAACUCUUGGUUUUAUAUUCUCUCGCUUCCAUAGUAAGCUUAUUAGCAAUUGUACUUUUCAUCAUUUUAAUAAAAUUGCAUAACUUAUUACAUCCAAUAUAAGAACUCAUUUACAAGCUUCAUAACUAAUCGUAAGUGACAAACACGAAAUAAUAUCAAUAAAACACGUUGAAUAAGAGAAAGCUAACUACACGAAUUUAUAAAGCUGAAAUAUUUUUUCAAGUCCUGACCCAUAUGAACAAAGCAACUAAUUUGCAUAACACAUAUUAAUUGAUACGCUUAUAAGAAGGCAUUUUUCAAGACAAACAUAAUGAAUAAAAGAAAAUACGUCCAACAAGA